AUGGUGGUGGACAAGCGAGACUUGGAUGUAGCUGACGCCUCUGCGCCCUACCUAUUCUCCGACGUCAACUUUAUCCUGGGCGCGAACACCUGCACCUCGCUCUCUCCUCAGGGCUGUAAUGGUCCCCUGAAACCCUCAACCAACUAUGCGUAA